AUAGGGGUUAAGAAAUCUAAUAUAGUUAUUAUAAAAAGAAAAAAGACCUAUUACUUUGCCUUUUUAACUAAUAGAGAGUUUAUUAUUACUUUAGAAGCUAUCCCUAUUACUAAAAAUUACAUACUGGCCUUUUUAAUCCUUAGCGGCUCUAUUUAUAUAGCUAGGUAG